UACACAGUGAUACAUUGUGAACAAACAGGUAACAUAAACCCCCCACAUACUGAACUAGUACUGAGUACAGAGCAAGACGACAGCAGCAGACAUGAGACUGUGGCUUGCUCUGCUGCUAGUGACCAUAAGUUUGUCACAUAGUGAUGGCGCCGAGCUAACAGGGCUGUACGGAAGGAUCACCUCUCCUGGCUUCCCAAAACCAUAUCCGAAUGAGCAGUCCAUGACAUGGAAGAUCACCGCCCCCGAGGGUCAUCUCGUGAAGAUCUACUUUACGUACUUUGACUUGGAGCUCUCAUACCUUUGUGAAUACGACUAUCUGAAGUUGUCUUCAAAAGGUUCAGAUGUGGCUCAUUUUUGUGGUAAAGAGAGCACCGAUACUGAGAAGGCCCCAGGCAGUGCUUCCUUUUACUCUCUGGACAACACAAUGACCAUCACUUUUAGGAGUGACUACUCCAAUGAGAAGCAGUUUGUAGGAUUUGAAGCUUUCUACUCAGCUGAAGAUAUUGAUGAGUGUAAAAGAGACGAGCCGCCCUGUGAUCACUUCUGUCACAACUACCUUGGGGGAUAUUACUGCAGCUGUCGAAUCGGCUUCAGCCUGCACAGCGACAAAAAAACCUGCCCAGCUCGGUGUGACGUGCAGGUGCACAAAGGAAAAUCAGGUGAGAUCGCCAGCCCAGAUUACCCCGGGAUUUAUCCCAAACUCUCCACCUGCAAAUACAGCAUUCACGUGGAGGAGGGACACUCAGUCAUUCUGAAGUUUGUGGCUUUUGAUGUGGAAUCGCACCCCGAUGUCCUGUGUCCAUACGACAAGCUGCAGAUCAUAGCUGGGGGGAAGACCCUCGCCCCUCUCUGUGGAAAUACCAUACCGGCAGACAUAGACACACGCAGCCAUAACGUGGAUCUUGUCUUCACAACUGAUGGCUCAGGAUACAAUACAGGAUGGAAAAUGGUGUACACCACAAAAGCUUUGCCAUGUCCUGAUCCUGUGCUGCCAUCUAGGGGACACUUCACACCAAAGCAGGCCACCUAUGUGGUGGGAGAUCGUUUGUCUCUUACAUGUGACAGAGGAUACACAGUUGUGCAGGGUGAAAAAGUUGUACAGACAUUCAGCACAACCUGUAAGAUUGAUGGAACAUGGGACAAAGCUAUGGCAAAGUGCGAAAUUGUGGACUGUGGACCUCCUGAUGAUGUAACAAACGGGACUUAUACUUUUGUUACAAAAAGUGGAGUGACAACGUAUAAUUCUGUUAUCCAGUACAACUGCACCGGGCCGUGGUACUUCAUGAAAGAGGGUAGAGGUCAGUACACGUGCGAAGCUAACGGAACCUGGGAAGACAGCAGCAAUGGAGCUAACACCCUUCCGCACUGUGUGCCUGAUUGUGGAAUUAGAACAUCAGAAGCAAGGUCCCGCAUUUUUGGAGGAAAGGCUGCUAAACUUGGUGAAUUCCCAUGGCAAGUGUACAUUCUCAAAGGAGACCAAGCAGGGGGAGGGGCAUUACUGAAUGACCAAUGGAUCAUCACAGCGGCCCACGUAGUUGAUGGUGCAGAGAAACCCUCAGAUAUAGUUAUAAAAAUGGGGUUAUUGGGUAUUUUUGAUCGUAACUAUAUUACAGGAUUCCCUGAUGUAAUUAUUAAGCAUGAGGCAUUUAACAGUACAAAUUUUGACAAUGAUAUUGCCCUGAUUAAGCUAAAAAAUAAAGUAGAACUCAGUCAAAACAUAUUGGCGAUCUGCCUUCCAACAACAGAAGAAAGAUUCCGCAUCUCGCAUGAAGAAGACGCUAAUAAUAUAGGUCUUGUAUCUGGCUGGGGACUGACGCACAGAGGAACCAGUGCACGCAGAUUACAAUACGUAGCACUUGAUGUUAUUUCCCACAGCAUAUGCAAAUUAAAAUAUGACAGAUUAAAAGCCUUAGUAACCGACAACAUGUUAUGUGCCGGCAAUGAGGCAGGCGGGAAGGAUUCUUGUGAGGGGGACAGUGGAGGGGCUUUAGUGUUCUUAGAUUCACAAAGCAAGAAAUGGUUUAUUGGAGGUAUAGUGUCAUGGGGGGCAGAGUGUGGUGUUGUCGGCCAAUAUGGAGUUUAUACAAAAGUCAGUAACUUUAUUGACUGGAUACAAAACAUGUUUCAAAAACACUAAACUUUUUCAGCAUUAUUCUUCACAACAUCAUAACUUGUGUUUAUAUUUUAAAAAUUUGUGAGCUAUUUGCUUAAGAUUAAAAACACUGAAUGUAUUUAAUUACAAAAACAGAACACUAUUAUAUUUUAAUAUUU